CAUGUGCCGCCUGGCUACCGUGUGAUCUGGCCGCGUGUUCAUCCGCCGCCGCCGCCGGACCGGUCACGAUCGUCUCCCCUCGGAUGCGAGUUGUUUUUCGUCCACACGCAUAGCUGAGUGCCACCACCAAAGUCGCUGUAUGGUCUUAAAAUGGUCCCAAGGUUUCUUGAUGAAUUGGACUUUUUGGAAUUGAGGACCACGGGUGGAUUAAUGAUGUUCUAAAUUUCAAGAGACUUUCAAGUCUUUACGGCUGUGUUUGUGACAUUUUUGCUGUUUGUGGAAUGGGCAACAUUAUGUUGUUGAGAUCGUAACAUUAAACGGCUAAUAAUUGUUAAAUCAAAAAUGGAAUCAGAUAAAAAAUAUUAUGACAUAAAAUAAAUUGGUGGACGUAGUUCAACAAUUUUUUUCAAAAAACAAUUAUCUCCACCGUCAGAAAUUCCAAUUUAAGGAAAAUGAAGUCAACGUUCGCGGCCAUGAUGACGGCGAUGACGCUGCUGCCGUUCGUCUUGUCACACAGCAACCACGUUUACGUUUCGGUGAUACACGGCCACGACCAGGGUUCGUUGCUGCCCAGGACCAUGGACAGGGCGAUGCCGCCGUCGGUGCGGGUGCUGUACGCCGAGAUGCCGGCCAACAAGUUCAGCACGGGCGCCCUGGAAGCAGUGCUCGACCUGUGGGCGAACAAGACGAUCGUCGCGUGUCUGCUCCUCAUACCCGAACCGGUUGGUUCGAUGCCCGCGUUAACCGCUACCAGCUACAGGAUACCCGUGCUCUGGCUCCCUUCGGUGCAGCGAAUAGAUCAAGAACGCUGGAACGAGAUGGUGGUCAGGGUAUCGAUCACACCGUGGGAAUUGUUUUCCGCCCUCAGAUCGUUUCUGUUGCACACAGGAUGGCAUAAGUUUUACGUGUUACACUCGAUAACGAUCGACGAGAGCGUCAAGACGAUGCUGAGCAUACCUCCUUUGAGCUACACGUCGGUGCCCAUAUCUUCCGACUCGUCAGACAUUAUGCUGUUCAGAUCUAUGGUGGAACUUUCGACUUCCGAGGCUUCUGUGGUGGUAGUGGUCGGCGACCGGGACUCGGCGCAAACCGUCUGGCGCCAGGCGGCCGCCCUCGGGCUGUUGCCCACCGGCAACGUGGCGUGGCUGUGGCUGGACAUCGGCAACACCGGCGGCGGCGUCAACGCAACCGGAAAGAGGAAGGGCAACGUGCCGGUGGGAAUGCUGUCGCUGCGUCCCGUCGCACCACCGCAGGCGGACAAGCACACCGUCAGGGCGGCAGUGCGCGUGUUCGCCGAGUGCGUCAAGGACGUGAUGGCGGCCAGGUGCGAGGGCUGGACGCCCAAGGUGUCCAGGGUCGGGGACGCGUGCGUGGACGUUUUGCGGGGCUCCGAGUUCCCGGGCGAUCUGUACAGGCAACUCAGGAGUGCGGUGCACGAUGUACUGUCCGGCCGGUCGAUUGGCCGCCGGGCCAAAGCCAAUGCCGAGAAACCGGACCUCAGCCUCGCCGUCCGAUUCGACAUCAUGAAUUCGAUCGCCAGCAACCGACACGCACCAAAUGGCUAUACGAGGGCAUGGAAGAAAGUCGGCACCGUCGGUCCGUCCGGCACCGGCGGACAGUUGGUCAAGUUGGACUCAGUGGUGUGGGCCGGUGGGAAAAUGGUGCCGGCCGUCGGUCUUGGCAGACGGGCUGUGUACAGAGUGGUCACCGCCAUCGGACCACCGUUCGUCAUGCACGCGCCCCUGCAACAGGAUCGCCAAUGUCUACGUGGUAUACAAUGUUACCAGAUGACGACGAGCAGCAAGGACAACAUAACGAUGAUAUUCAAGGACGUCAAGUUGGACACGAACAAAAAGUCGCUGCCGGAGACGUAUUGCUGUUUUGGAUUGUCCAUAGACCUACUGGAAAAGAUGUCGAAAGACUUGGAAUUUGAUUUUCACCUGUACUUGGUAGCUGACGGCACGUUCGGAUCCCGAAAGCUCCAGUGGAAUGGAGUGGUCGGUGAACUCGUGUCUGGUACCGCACACAUGGCCUUCUGUCCGCUGAGCGUCACUUCUACGAGAUCGAAGUGGGUAGACUUUUCUACACCUUAUUUCUACAGUGGGGUUUCGCUGAUGAUCGCUCCGAAGAGAAAGACCAACGUACCACUGCUCGCGUUCCUGUUGCCACUGAGCCCGAACUUGUGGAUCGCUAUAUUUGUGUCACUUCACGUGACAACAGUGGCAGUGGCGUUAUACGAAUGGUUCAGUCCGUUCGGGUUGAAUCCUUCCGGUAGGCAGAGAUCCAAGAAUUUCGGUAUGCCUUCGGCGUUGUGGGCGAUGUGGGGACUGCUCUGCGGCGCUCUCGUCAACUUUAAAGCACCGAAAUCGUGGCCAAACAAAUUUUUAAUUAACGUCUGGGGCGGAUUUUGCGUUAUAUUCGUGGCUAGUUACACUGCCAACAUCGCAGCUCUGAUUGCUUCGCUUCUAUUUCAAAACGCCGAUGUGGAUUACAACGAUCGAAAUAUGUUUUUGAUGAAAGUUGGAUCGGCUAAAUCGUCGUCUGCAGAGGUUUAUUUAAAAGACAAGAAUCCUGCUCUAUGGCAACACGUUCAAAAAUAUUCUGUUCCUGACACUGCGUCGGGCAUGCGAAUGUUAAGAAAUGGUAGUUUGGACAUAUUUAUCGGCGACAAGCCCAUUUUGGACUAUUAUAGUGGAACCGAUCACGAUUGCAAACUCCAACCAUACGGAGAUCCACUUUACGACGACGUUUACGCAGUGGGAAUGACCAAAAAUUUUGUCUUAAAGGAAAAGGUGUCUGCAGCUGUUUCGACGUAUAUCAAUAACGGUUUCAUGGAUAUCCUACAGAACAAAUGGUUCAGUGAUUUACCUUGCGUCAACCGUGAACUGGAAACAUCGGACAUUGGGCAACCGACACCAUUGGGCGUCGACGCAUUUUUAGGCGUUUUCCUCAUGUUGGGCUGUGGAAUACUAGCAGGCGCUGUUAUCCUUUGUUUAGAACACGCCUUCUAUCACUACGCGUUGCCCAAACUUCGGCAGAAGCCUCCUGACUCGAUAUGGAGAAACCAAAAUAUGAUGUUCGUCAGUCAAAAACUCUACAAGUUCAUAAAUAGCGUAGAAUUAAUAUCGCCACAACACACGGCCAAAGAACUAGUGCACACGCUAAGACAAGGGCAAAUCGCAUCGCUGUUUCAAAAAAGCGUACGGCGAGUGAGUUUGCCUUUUAUGCAUCCUCAACACGCACAGAAAGAGUUUGAGCGUAGAAAACGGAAAGGUCAAUUCUUCGAAGUUAUCGAAGAGAUCCGAAGAAUACAAAGGGAAGAGAGGGACAAUAAAAAACAAAACGUCAGAUUGACACUGUCUAACUCUCCGACCGCCGGCCUGUCUCCGAAGCGUACAACGGCGAAAUUUUUGUCACCGGCCAGGUUGAGCCUCGGCAGACGUUACAGCAAGCAGAGGUCGCGGAGCUCGGGGAACUUGAGCAUCCGCCGGUACAGCACGGACGUAGCUAGUUAUUCGGAGACCGUGGGCCGCCGCCUGAGCCAAGGGGCGUCCAACAGCCCGCCGGACUUCAACACGCGAAAACAACUGAUCAGACGGUCGUCGGGAAACCCCAGCCCGGCGGACUCCAGCAGGAUGAGCAUAUUUUCCGCGUCCGAACUGAUCGGGGCGAAACUCAGCAACAACAACUUGUACGUGGAAAACGAUCUGCCACGCAGCCCCAACCUACUGUCUCCCGGCGUAUUUUUUAGGUCGAGUUUUUCGUCGGACACGUCGUCGUCGCGACCCGACUUGCAGGGCGUACAAUCGCGGAAGUCGAGCUACUCGCAGGGACCGCCCCGGGUGAUGAUCAACGGCGAACAGCAGCCGACCACCCGCCGCAAGUCGGACGACGAGCCGCCGGCCACGCUGCCGCGGAUCGUGGAGGUGAAGAGGGCUCGCCGGUCCAGCGACGGGCACCGGCCGACCAAGAACCGCAAGACCGUGGAGGUGUUCCGGUGGCUGAGGCAAGCUCCCAAGACGGAGCUGGAAGCGCUGAGCAAGAUGUCCGAGGACGAGAUCAAGCACUGCAUAAUCCAAGCGCUCAAGGACAAGGACCCGACUUGAUUGCAAGUCGACGGCGCCGCCGGUGGCGGGGGCUGCGACGACGGCGGCGACGACGACGAUUACGACGCCGAAGACGCCGCGGUCCCGUCGCAGUUCGCGUGAACGCCGUCGCCGUCUGCACAACUACGGGCCGCCGCAGCGUCCAAUGAUUGUUAUGAUAAGAUACGUUAUGAAAUAAUAUAAUAUCGUUAUGACGAUAUUGUGAUGAACGAAGAAAAAAAAAAUGCGCUCAUUGUUUUUGUUAUUACACGUUUCUCUCUGUACGUUUGUUUGUUUCCUCCGAUAAUAUUAUUAUAAUGUAAUUAUUACUAUUGAUAGUGUAAUAAUAUUGUAUUGUACAUUUAAAUAUUAAUUAAUAUUAAUAAUAUGGUAAAAGAAGACUGUCCGGCCGGAUGUACGCGCGACAAGCUCGUUGUCGUCAUGUAUAUAGGAUUAUUAGGUAAAUCAGUGCUCAAGUGCGUAGGUAAAGUGUUGCUGCGAUGCUGUUGAUCUGGUUCGGGACGACGAGCAGCGCGAUAAAGGGACGUCUCCAUUUCGGUGAUAACGCGUUAUUGUUAUUGUAUUAAUACCUAUUGUUGUGGGCGUAUCGAAACCGUUAUUCCAUAAAAUGUAGUCGUAUAUGUUAUGCUCAUAGGCGCAAAUAGCGUUUGGGCUAAAGCCUUACUUUGAUAAUAUUGAAUAAGCUUAAAACAAAAUGUAGGAAAUGUUUGGGGGAGGAGGCUUAGCCCCUAAAGCUCCUCCCCCCCUAUUUGCGCCUAUGAUUAUACUACCUAAAUAAUAAAUUAUUAUUUUAAAUCGUGUUUAUAUAAUACUAUUAUUAUUAUUAUUAUUACUAUAUUAUAUUUUAUGCUCAGAUAUAAAUAACUAUAUUAUAUACUGUAAUGUUAUCGUAAAAUAUUAUAUUAUAUUAUCUGUUCAUGUAAAUAAUAUAUUUAUAUAUACUUAAUAAUAUAAGUAAUAAUAUUACUACUAGACAUAGGGUCGUUAUUAUAUAUAGCUGUUUCAUGUUGAUUCUUAAAAAAAAAAAAAAAUAUUUCGUCUGUUUUCUACGUUUUUUCGUUACUUGUAAUCAAAUAAUAUGUUCACAUUAAUAUAUAUAAAUAAGUUUGACGUGUGCAAGUGCAUAAUAUUGUUUUUGUCGUUGGUUAUGAGAUUGAGCCGGUUGAGGUUCGUUGUUCAUUAGCUUGCGGUCGGUGUAGUUCGUCGAAACCGUCCCGAAACCUAAGAACUAAAAAGUAACAUAUUAUGCGUAUUAACUCUUAUCAUAAUAAUUUUAUAUUGUAAGAAUAUCGAAUACGGUAAAUCAUAUUAUUUAUAUAUAUAUAUGUGUGUACAUCAUAUUAUUAUAUAUAUUAUAUUGUCGUUUGGUUGAUUUAUUUAAAAUUUAAUUAAAGUCAAUUAAAAACCUAGUUAUUUCGUCAA